CGUUUGAAAAUUUUUGAAAAAUAUCAUAACAAAGACAAAUACGCUCAACAAAUCCCACUCUAGAGGAUAAUUAGAAUAAGAAUACUAUUCAUUCUUUGAGGCAUGAAACAUAGCAAUGAUAUGACCCAACCAAUAGAGUAAUACCAUCAGCUAUGGUUUAGAUCAGGAGCACUGAUCAUAUUGAAGUGAAGAGGCAAAAGCACAAGCCGCCACAAUGUUGUAUGUGUUCUUGGUUGACACAGGCACCAUGCUCACCUUUGACAUGAAUCUUGCUAUGGAAAGUGUGUCAAAGCUGAUGCAUGAGAUAGCCAGUCAGUACCACAUUACAGAGGACAAACAGGUGUUGUUGAUCAGUGGGGGUGAGAACCUAGAUGUCGGGGCCAGGGUGUGUAGUUACAGCUCAGGGACAGAUACCAAUCCUAUCUUCUUGUUUAGUAAAAGCACCAUAGAAGCUGCUACUCCUCCAUCUCCCAGCAUUAACUAUGGAUCAGAUGCUGACUUACACGACCAAGUUGAAGGAUCCCACCACCUUCCUCCGACAUAUGGCACAGUUGUAGCUAGGGCACAGUUAGCGCUGCAAUUCAAUGAUGUAGCAAAAGAUGAGAUGCGUACUUGUGAACAUUUGGUUCAUGACCAACAUCUGCAACAUCAGGGUUGGGCAGCUGUUGUAGCAAACCUUGAAGAUAUAGCUAGUGCAUUUAAGACCAGAUCAGAAAUAUUUGAUCGUAACUUCAACGACUACCUCAAACAAAGGCAACACUACAAGGACAUACUUUCAAGCUUCCACAAUGACUUGGUGCUGCUCUCCAAGGUGCCCUUACUGUCUUGUCUGACCAAUGAGAGCUCAGCUGUGGAAGCUGAUGGGGAUCUAGAAACCCCAUGUUUGCCACAGACACUGCUGGAGUGGGUCAGUGCACAGGACAAGAAAAGUAACCUUGAACAGAUGUAUGAACAAUGUAUGAAGGACAUCGACCUCUUAGACAGCCAGGCCCAUGAACAACUUAUGACAGACAUCACACAGCUUAUAGAUGCAAUAAAUAAUCCCAAUAUGAAGGAGGUUAAAGGUCUGGAGGAUAGACUGUUUGGUCUAGAGCAGCUAAUGUUUGGUGCAAGAAAGGUGGUGAAAGAGCAAGGGGAAAUGGCUCAGGGAUUUGUACAGAACCAGAACAGAGCCAGCAAUCUCAGGGAUACCUCAGUUCUACCUGAUUUAUGUGAGAGUCACAAGAAACAGCUGACAGUAAUGUUAAAAAACCACCAACAGUUGAAAGAUAUACGACGCAGGUGUUCUUUAGCCAAGGAGGAACUCUCCGGCAACCUGCAUAAAAGGCUGAGGUGGAUCAUGUAUGUGGAGAAGCAGGUGUGUGAUAUUGACAAUAAACUAGUGAUCCAUCAUGAGAACCUGAAGAAAACUAGACGCAAGCUAGAGAUCAUCAAACAAAUGCAUGAUGCACCAAAUGUGUAUGUAUCUGCAGUGAAGGAAGUAGUCAGGAGAAAGUGGUUCUCAACAAAUUUUUUAGAGUGGGCCAAGAGGCUAUCUAAAGGUGCUAAUGAAGUUUACCUUGAGGAGGUUGGCAGGAGACAAAAAUUUGGCCAAUACUUAAAGCACCAUUUCCUUCAGUCAUUGUUUCCUGGUAUAGAGGAUUCCCCACCACAAUAUGCAUCUAUUACCCCAGAACCAUUUGACCACCAUCUGCCCAAUAUCACACAGGAUGACAUAACAUAUCUGAAAGAGAAAGUGCCUGAGUUUGCAGACAGCCUGAGUGAAAAUGGAGACACAGACACUAACUACAAGAAGCUGUUUGAGACAUACAAAGAUCCAUCUGACCAAGCUGACUUCUGCUUAGAUAUGGACAACAUGAAAUCAGACAUUAUUGUCCUACAUGGUGACCAAGAUGACUUCGAAGCCAUUGAAAAUAGUGCAAUAGCUACAAGUACAAUAACAACUAAACAAAUAGAUGAUGCUCACGUCCAAUUAACAUCAGACCAAAACCAACCAGUUUCUAGUGAUUUCACAAUACUAACUUCAGAACAUAAGGGUUCUAAAAGUGUUGAGGUUCUUGCAGAUCCCGGGUCAUCUAUCCUUAUAGCUCAGGACCUUAUUGCAAAUUCUCCCAUUGAAGAGCUGAAAAGUCUAGACAUUAAUGUACACAGUACUGAACUAGCGGCGUCCCCACAGACAGAUGAUGAGCAAUAUAUGACCACUGCAUUUGAGCAUGUAGAUAAACCAGCUGUAGAAAGCACUAAAGAUAAAGCUAAAAUAAUCAAGCAAAAAAGCCCUAAUGAACAAUCUCCUGAUGUUGAAUCCCUUGGACAAGAUUUUCAAACUGCAGAUUUUUAUAUUGAUGAGUCAAUGCCUUCUUCCAUGACGGAAAGUAAUAGCCGUCGAGUUGCAGAGUUGCAAAAAGCAGUACAGGAGAAGAGUAGCCAAGUUGAAGCUGCUGAAAAGGAAAUUUUAGAGAUGAGGCAAAAGCUAGAACAGGUUGAGGAAAAGUUGAGACUCCUGCAUGAUCUAUCAGAGAAAAGUUCAUUGAAGCUACAUUGUGAUGUACUUAGCAUAGAAAAACAGCUUCAAAAAGACACAGAUGAUUUUAAUACAUUCAUGGAGCACACUUCAACUCAGAUUAUUCAAGCUAUCACCAAUGUGGAAGCUAGAGAGGCUGAGCUACGCAGGAAAACCUUAGAGGAUGUGCAAGCCCAACACAAAUCUGAAUUACAAAAGAUAACAAAUGAUCUUGAUUUAAAAUCUGGAAAACUUGAAGACACUGAAAGAGAGUUACAAAGCUAUCAUGAAAAAUUAAAUGAACUCAAUGAAAAAUUUGAAAAUAUUGUUGUUGAAAAGGAAGAUGAAAUAAAAGAAUUGGCAAAAAAAUACAAGACUGAACUUGAUGAACUCAGUCAAAAAUUAACUCUAGAACACGAAAUAGAUCUUGACAAAAUAAGAACUGAUUUCACCAGGGAUUUAGAAAUAAAAGACAAUGACUUGAAGCAUCUCACUGAUGAUUUGAAAGAGAGCCAGGAAAAAGUUGAGGAAAUGAAAAAAGAAAAUGAAAAUAUAAAAUCUGAGUUGGAAGAUAAAUUCAAAACAGAAAAAGAAGACAUAAUAUCAAAUUUAAACUCAGAGCAUAAUACAAAACUUGAAAGGGUUUUAGAAGAAACUAGAUCAUCAAUGCAUAAAGCUCAUGAAGAUGAACUUCAAUCCAUAGUUGCCAAACAUAAUGCUGAUAUAGAGUCUAAGUGCAGUAACCUUACAACAUUGCUUAAUAAAGAAUGUGAAGAAGCUCUGUCUAAACAACAAGAGACAUUAUCUGAGGAAUAUAAAAAACAAACAGAAACAUUAGUAAAGGAACUUGAAUUAAAUCAUCAAAAUGAAAUUGAGGAGAUAAAAGAAAAUUUAUUGAAAGAAAAAGAAAGUGAAUUAGCUAAAGUUAAAGAUGAGUUGAAAGAAUUGCAAGUGGAACUAGAGGAAUUGAAAAGUAGACAAGUGAAGGACUUUGAAGACAAAGAAACUGCCACUAGUUCUGAAACUGAUGAAAAGUUCGCCAUGAGACAGUUUGAAACUGAAAAAGCCCUUGCAGUGUCUCAGGCCAUUGAUGAGUUGAAAGCUGAACACAAAAAGGAUAUAGACCAUCUAGUUGAAACCAUGGAGAAAGAUAAACAAGACACUCUCAAUUCAAUGAAAUCUAGUUCCGUCGCUGAGAAACAAGUAGCAUUCAAUGAAGCUAUUGCCAAAGUAAAUGCUGAAAAGGUGAAGGCAGUUGAGGAGUUACAGAAAAAGCUUAAUGAAGCAACAUAUGAGCUUACACAGCUGAAAUCUGGUCAAGGCAACUCCAAGAUGAAAGAUGAAGCCACAGGUAUACCACAGACCUCAAUGUCAGGAGCUGUGAUGUCAGCUUCUAUGAUGUCAGGAUCUGUGAUGUCAGCAUCUGUAAUGCCAAUUUCUGAGUCAUCAUCCGACACACGUAUACAAGAGCUGCAACAGGCCCUGAAAACUAAAGAUGAUGAACUAUUGAAGCUAAACUCCAAAGUUAUGGAGCUGUCAAUGUCUACUAGUACAAGAUCCAUGGUCACCCAGGAUAAAGUCUCUAUCACAUCGUGUAAUGUUGGAGAUAUUGUACUGCUGUGUUUGGAUGAGAGGCAUGACCACUAUGUUGUCUUCAGUGUAGGGGUCACUCUUCAUUUCCUGCAUUCAGAAUGCUUAGAAGCACUUGGAUUGAAGAUACAGCCAAAUGAACCAAGAAAAUCCUGGGUGCUUGGAGAGAUUGUGGAUAAAGAAUACUGCCAGGCUAAAAAGGCUCAGAACAGGUUUAAGGUGCCAAUGGGAACUAAAUUUUAUCGUGUGAAAGCCAAACCUUGGGUGCAUGACCGUGGCACUACCUAACAUUUUUGUCACAGGAGUUGGAGCUUACAAUUUAAACAGAGUUCAGAAUAUGAAUGAAAUGUCUUUCCAAUAUACUAGUCUAUGUCUCAACAAUUAUUGUGCAUUGAAUGGUACUAAAUACAACAACUGUCUGAAAAAAGCAUUGAUUUGCUCUAUGAUGAAUCAGAUGGCAUCAAAUGCAUUGACUUACUCUAUAAUGCGCCAAGUGGAACUAAAUGCAUUGAUGUAGUCUAUAAUGCAUCAAUUGGAACUAAAUGCAUUGACUUACUCUACAUUGCAUCAAGUGACUCUAAAUGCAUUGACUGUACGUAGGAAACUAUCCAGAUACUGAGCUUCAAGAUUGCCUUCAAGCAAGAUAUGUAUCCUUUGCAUCAGAUCGAUAUAUUUUCCUAAGUGUUAUAUGCUGUACUGUAUGAAAAAAUUAAUUGUAAUUAACACAAAAUAUCAUAAUAUUGUACAGUAAAUAUAUAUAUUAUAUAUACAGGGUGGUAAAAAAA